AUGAGCGACGCAGACUGCAACGCGGGCCAGGCGUCUGAUGGACACGGCGACCGCGGCGCAACUUCUAGCCAUGCGGACACGCAGGACGCGCGCCAGGCUUCGCCUGAUAGGCAUCAAGGUGACGCCAACGCGCCUGACGACCCGGCAACCAAGUUGAAGGCUCUGGUGGUCAAGGUUGCAGACGCCGACGCACCUCGGCACGACAACGGCAACGUGGACGCGGUCGGCAGCAAGGGCGACGGCGACACUGAAGGCAAGGCGAAGGGCACGGCCGGCUCUGUGGUCACGGCGGUUGGCAAGAUGGGGGCCUUCGCGGGUACUUCGUGCACGUGUCGCAGCGCUAGCGGCGAGCGCCUCCCUGACAGAGGCAAGGGAGUUUUCGGUCAUGCACCUCAGGUGCCUCUGCACGUGAAUUUCCGGACGAAAAUGGAACCACUCUCAUCACCGGCUGCCAAGUACGAAUUUCAGGGCAGGCUGAGCCUUCAGGAUUCACGCUCGCGUGCAGCGCAGGCCUCCCAUCCGGAAUUGGCGGGUCAACCACCUCCAGCACGUUUUGCGAUCUGUUCAGACCUCAACCUCACCUUCGUCCGUGUUCCGGCUCGGAUCUUCGAUUGCUACGAGGAGUGCUUCCUGCGCGACGGCUUUGGGGCAUCGAGGCGCUCUGGACCGUGGAAAGUCUCACAGACAGGAGCUGAUUGA